AUGUCUGACGCCGCUGGAAGUAAAAAAAACGCGGCGAUUGCUAGCGUUGCCGGUGUUCUUUUGGUGGCCUGCGUGGUGGCUACCACCGUAUCCGUGACAAAGCAGGGCGGUGGGUCUUCGGAGGGCGAGCAAGGACUUACAACCUCAACGAAGUCGGCUCACGCGAUUUGCGCCACCACCGAUUACAAGGACACAUGCGAGACUAGCCUUUCUGAGGCAAAGAACACGAGCAACCCGAAAGAGCUUAUAAAGGUGGCUUUCGACGCGGCCAUGAAGAACCUUAGCGAUGUCAUCUCUCAUUCGGCUUUAUUGAAGAAAGCCAGUAAGGACCCCCGUACUAGCGGGGCUCUAGAUGUAUGCAAACAAGUCCUGAAUGACUCGGUGGACGAUAUCAGGAGGUCUUUGGAUAAGGUGGAGGGAUUUGGCAUGGACAAGAUGCAAGAGUACGCGGACGACAUCAAGGUUUGGCUCAGUGGUGCCAUUACUAACCAGCAGACAUGUUUAGAUGCCUUCCAGAACACCAGCGGAGAUACCGGCGAGAAAAUGAAGAAACUUGUCAACUUCACGGGGGAGCUCACCAGCAACGGCCUGGCCAUGGUUACCCAGUUCAGCGACGUCCUCCAAACCCUGGAAAUCCCGGGAAUGAAGAAAAGGCGGCGGCGGAUACUGUUGGAUGAGUUUGCGGAGGAGCGCAGCAGACUCCUCCUGGGGAUGGCUUCGCCUUCCAACCUCAAACCCAAAGCAGUGGUUGCUAAGGACGGAAGCGGCCGUUUUAAGACCAUAAACGGCGCUAUUAAAGCAAUCCCCCCCAAGAACAACGUCCUCUACGUCAUCAAAAUCAAGGCCGGCAUUUACAAGGAGCAAGUGAUGGUUCCUAGAAAGAUGAAUAAAGUAGUAUUCGUGGGAGAGGGCCCAACAAAGACCAAGAUAACAGGCGGCUUGAAUUUUAUAGACGGCACAGCCACAUUCAAGACCGCCACAGUUGCUAUCCAAGGAGAUGGUUUCAUGGCACGAGAUAUCGGAAUCGAGAACUCUGCGGGAGCCGCUAAGCACCAAGCCGUCGCCCUCCGCGUCUCGGCUGACGACGCCAUCUUCUACAACUGCCGCAUAGAUGGGUAUCAAGACACCCUCUACACCCACUCCUACAGGCAAUACUUCCGCAACUGCACCAUCACCGGCACCAUUGAUUUCAUCUUUGGAGAUGCCGCAGCCGUGUUUCAGAACUGCAAAAUGAUCGUGAGGAAGCCCUUGGGAAACCAGGCCUGCAUGAUCACCGCCCAGGGUAGGAAGGACCACCGCGGAGUUGGCGCCAUUGUCAUCCAGAAUUCGGAGUUCCUCCCGGACGCAGCUCUCAAAAGCGUCAAGCCAGCCGUCACCGUGUACUUGGGGCGGCCUUGGAAGGAGUUCUCCAGAACAAUCAUCAUGAAAUCUUACAUCCACGCCUUCAUUCACCCAACGGGGUGGUCUCCCUGGAUGGGAAACUUUGGACUCAACACUUGCUGGUAUGCGGAGUACCAGAACAGGGGCCCCGGCGCUAACACCAAAGCCAGGGUCAACUGGAAGUGUUACCAGAAGCGCAUUACACCCGAGGUUGCUAAUCAAUUUACUGCCGGAGUCUACCUUAAGGGAGAUGCCUGGAUCAAGCCCACCGGCAUCCCCUACACUGCUGGGAUGUGAUAAUAUAAUAUAUUAUUAUUAUAUUAUAUAUGCAUGCAGGUUAGGUUAAUUAAUUAAGGCCCAUCAUCUCAUCAUAUCAAUUCAAUUUCCUAUA